AUGGAUUUUGAAGAAGUGGAGAAUGCCUUUUUGUAAGUAGGUGAUAAUCGACAUAUCCAAUGUCGUAAUAUAAAUAACUAUAGUAAGAGAAAUAAUUAAAGUGAAAACUUCGAGAGAACUUGUAAGACAUAAAAAAGGCAAGAAUAAGCACAUAAAGAUAAGUAAUGGACCAAUGACUUAGAAAGAGAGAAAUAAUUUAAGAAAGUACAACAAUUUGGAAGGAAAUUAAAGCUGAUGGAGAGACACAUUGAGAAGCAAGUGGAACUAAAAAAGGGUGAUAAGAAGAUUUAGCCUAAACAUAAGUCAAAACUUAGACAUUAAAUAGUAGAAUGA